AUGCAAAUAGCACCACUGAUCAGUUAUGCCAGGGCAUAUUACUUUCAGUACACAGUUAUACUUUUGUGCAGUAUAUUCUUUAUAUAUUCAGAGUUUAAGUUAGUACCCAGAUGGAAGACAAUUAAAUUUCGACUGGAUGAUCCAAGGAUAGGUAAGAAAUUUAAGAAUGACGAAUUAGUCAGCGAUGUUGAAUGUGUUUUGAUGGCUGUCUUAAUCGGACUGAUAAUUGCCUCUUGGUACUGUCUAAUGAAGUCUCACAGACAGUCUAUUAGGAAACUUGCUGGUCCUUGGUUAAACAAUAGACCAGAUUGGUUAUCAAAAGAACAUCAUCUUUUCCACGUCAGUAUAAUAUGUUUAGCAUUGAUUCUUAGUAUCAAUGGUACAUUGACAAAUUCUUUCAAACUUAUAAUUGGUAAUACACGUCCUGAUUUUCUGGAUAGAUGUCAACCAGACCUUACGCAAAUACAGGAGGGGGAUCCAAGUGCAUACUAUACUGCACAAAUAUGCACACAGAAAGAUACAAGAUUACUUUAUGACGGUCUAAAGAGUACACCAAGUGGACACUCUAGUUUUAUUAUGAGUGGCUUGGGGUUCAUUUACUUUUGGCAAUGCAAAUUUAUUCUAGGGAACCCUUUACGAAAUAUUUGGUGUUUGUUCCUAAUAGCAAUUGUCAUGAUAUCAAGAAUAGUAGACCACAAACAUCAUUGGUAUGAUGUCAUAUCAGGUGGCUUUCUAGGUGUAAGUAUAGUAAUUGCAUGUUGGAGGUGGAUGUUUAUCCAGAAACGUAUACCUUCAUCAAUUCUUCCUGCACCAGUUUCAAUAUGA